AUGCUAGAUUGCCUGUCUCUCUGGCCUUUUUUUUGUUUGGAUGGUGACGCAUAUGUCAAGCGCUGCUCGUGCCGUCUAAAGCGCUCCUAUCGGCUUCCUGGUGAUGCGUACGCUUGCGCAGUGAUCUUUGACCACAAAAAAGGAAACCAAAAAGCGUUGCUUCCAGAGACAGCAACCGCCCUCCCCCCCCUCCCCCCCCCAAAUCGAUCGAAAGCGGUGCCCUCUGUGCAGGCCGCGGACUGGCAUUUUCAGUUUCAAUUUGCCAAGAUGUUUGCGGACUUGUUGGCCGCACCCUCUUAUCAUGCGGGCGAUCGCAGCAGCGACGCGGGAGUCGCCCCGGUUUCACCAUCUUUUUCUCCGCGCUGCAUUUCAGCGUCUUCGUCCGCUGGAAGCAGGAGCGGCUGCCACCUCCGCCAACUUUCUGCCGGCGGCGAUGACGGCUCCUACCCACGCGUCUCGCCCCUCGUGGGCACCGCACACCCGUCUGCACACACGGAUGGUCGAGCGCGGCGGCCUGGCUUCUCCGAGUGCCUGAGUCCUCUCAGCAUCCCCGAAGGGUGCGCAUCAUCGACGACGGCCAUGGUCAGCCCAUCCAGUGGCCACCCAGAAGGGCGCAGCUUGUCGCUCGGGGGUUCCAGCGAGGCGCCACCGAGGAGAUCAUCCGGUGGCACGCUAGGGAACAGCCUGGAGGGAUACAUCCCCAUGUCGGGCUCUUCCUCUUUUUCUUCGCACCACGGCGAUAGUGCGCGCUCGCCUCCGUCGAGCACGCGUACGCUGUCGCUCUACCACCACGGGCAGAAGGCGUUGGGCGUUGCGUUUUCCACCCCGUCGCGCGGAGCCACUGCUCUUCUCCCUGAGGGCGCCGCCAGUCCAGCUCUGGACAGCGCGGAAUCCAGCGCCGAUGAUGCGAACUUCGUUGUGAUGCGCAGUGGAACUCGCGAGGGUGGACAGCAAAGCCCCCAAUCGAUUGCUUCUUCAAAGUCGUCGUCUCCGUCCGCCAUGCCGUGUGCGCCACCGCUUGCGCAGCCGAAAGCAGGUGCUGUGGUGGUUGAGAAGUAUGCACCGAUGCUUCCGGCACCACCCAGUCCGCUGCGGUUCAGCGUCUUCUAUACCGAGGAAGAGCACCGCGUGCUGCUCGAGACGCGCGAGACGGAGGAGCGGCGAUGCCUGUAUCAAGCGCACAAGGCUGUGCUCUCGGUGUAUCGCAUGUGGGCCGCAGCGGGUGCCGACGCGGACUACGGCGACGGCGACAGACCGUUGCUGACGUCUUCGCGAAUGGGCGAUGGUGCGUCGACGCGGCUUCUCGAGGACUACCGCGGCCCUAAAACUCCAAACACGCUGAAAGCGAAGGCUGCCGACACCAGGGCGCAGCCCUUUCCUCUCGCGACCGCGACCGCCGCCAACGCCGUUGCCGCAGAACGAGUGCGUUGUUUUUUGAAGUCGUCUAUUGACAGUGCCCGAGGUCGGUGUUGCCUCGGGGCUGGCCAGGAAGGCGGCGCCGCCAUUGGCGUGUUACCGCACCGAUCCACGACACCCCGCAUCACAUACGCAGGCUCUGACGCCGAGACACGCCGCGGCUCGCCUGGUCACGUGCCUCACCCACAGGCGUCCCACUCUUCUUCACCUGCUGCAUCUCGCAUGUUGGACUACUCAUCCGUGCAGAUGCCCGAGACAGCAUCAUCGCUCAUGCACGAUACAAGCGAACCACCGUCAUCGGUGCACCAAGCACGGUUGCUCUCGCCCUGGCGCGCCACCCACACCGAUCAUCACGAUGCGGCGGCGCGGCGCGCGGAAGGCAAGGCGGAUGUGCAUCUAGAAUUUCGUUCAAGUCGGGAUGAUAGUCGGGGUCGAUCUCAAAGGAGGCCAAGGACGUCGCUAGUGCCCCACCUGGUGAGCACAUCACCUGCUGCCGUUCGCCUCUCAUCUGCUUCUCUCUCUCUCGGUGCAUCAUCGGUGGCACUGGGGCGGCGCAGCCUGCUGGAGUCGCGGCUCAGGGCGGAAACUGCAGCGCCUCGCGAGGAUCUGUCAAGAAGCGCCGUGCUGCCCCCUGCACGCGCUGCCGCUGCCGCGCGAGCCCCGUCACCGUCGCUUCGCCCAGUCUUGUCCGCCGGCGUGCGGUGCUUGUCAAGUCUCUCCGCAGCUCAGACGGAAGGGCCUGGUGCGUCUCAAGCCACGUGGAGUCCUGUGUGGAAUGCUAGCGUGAAUCUGGUUCCCGCCUCGACCGCGAUUUGCCAGAUGAGCCCCUCCGCUGAGGAUGACAAAACGUGUGAUCACGUUCCUGGAGGCGCUGUUCGAUAUGCCUCCAACGAGGCGUUUCGACGUCGCCAGCGUGCCCCGUUGCCCGGCACCAGUAGCGGUGGGCUUCUGAGCAGCCUGCCGCAUGGCAUCGAUACAGAUCGGAGGACAUGGCUGGCGGUGGAUCGCCUACAGGACCACCACCGUGAGCGACUCAGCAGUUACGUUCACUACAAGCGCUUCUUCGAUGCUGUCUACGGCGAGCAGAGCGGCUCCCCGCUGGUUUCGCGCGAGCCGGAUGGGCGGCACAGCAGUGCAGGGCGGACUAGUCCCGUGCCCCCCUGCGCUGUGCGGACAUGUUCAUCCAUGUCUUUUGAUGUAGGUGACGGGAAUAGACAUGCGAGUACGUGGCCGUGGCGGUCGUCGCUGUCCUCCUCCCUGUACCCACGAGUGCGCUCGCCUGAGCUCGUCGCUUGUCGCGACCUUCGCCACUUUUCACCAAGUGGCUCAACGGCAGCCAGGCGCGCGCCGGCGCCCCCAUCCAAAGAACCUACCACAUUUUGUGCGCGGCUCACGGGUGGCGCGGCUUCAUUAACUGUACCGGCUGACGGUACCCUCUUCGCUGCGCGUCUGACGCGCCUCUCCACGCUGGAAAAGCUAUGUCGCGCCGAGCUGCAGCGGCGCUGCAUGGAGGACCAAAGUCUCUUGCUGCACCACUUUAUUGUGGAAGGCACGGCAACCUUGCAGCGGGUCGGCCGUACGACCGCCCUGUUGCACCGACACAGGCAGCGGGCGGCUGGCGGCACAACGAAGGCGUACCGAAUGCCCUCCGCAUGGACCUUCAUUCCGAACGAAGUGGAUGGGCUGUGA